CUACAUUAAAUUGCAUUGUCCCUUUUAAAUAAAUAGAUAAAAUCAAAUAAAUAAAUAAAAAGAAAAAUAUAUCUUUUCAAAGGGUAGAAACCAAAUUUGAAACAAAUUAACAAUGGCUCGUUUGGCUUGUGUUACUGUUCUUACUUUGAGGUUGAGUUUAAUGAUGUAGAAAAGGCAUUUACCUCUGUUUUACACUAGGUGGCGCACUAACAUCAGUGUAAGCCUGGUGGAUAAUUGUUCCUGGUGCUCAGCUCCUUUAACAGGAGCUUUUAAGCAGGAGGCCUCAUUCAGACUCAACAAAGCCAGAACAAAAGAGAUGAUGUGUUUACAACUGAUUUUAAAUAGUUAAAAGUCAGUGGAUUGAUUGAAGAAUAAUACAGCCUCUAUCACAACUGUACUUUUCAUUCAUAUCCCCAUUGAGAAAAAAACCUGACAGCCCUAAUUUUUCCUUUUAUGGUAACAGAGGGCAUCAUAAAAGUCAGGCCAAAACAUUAUGGUUUUCCUUCGAGUGUUUUACAACUUAGAAGUGGCCUCGUCAUCGCUCAAAUAUGUAUCAGGAACAGUGGAGCAGUGGUCUUCAGAAAUACUUGUAAUGCUUUUCAAGUUACACAUAGGGCACAGUCUGACCAACACCUCUCCUCAGAGCGGGGGGGCGGGGAUUAGUGGAGAAUGCUUCAAUCCUAUUGGCGGAUGGUCUGUGUGGACUACAGAGAGAAACUCCAGGAAAACGGACGGAGCUGGCGCACGAUGCAACGGGACAGGGAUACAUUGGCGUAGAGAAGAAACUUUGUAUGGACAUGAGGAUAUUUUGGGAUAAUUUGCUAUUUCUAACACAAAAGCCGAAUUUCUAAGAAGGAAAAACGCGUUUACGAGCAUUUACUUUCACUGUUUAUAGCUGCAGUAUAUUUUUUAUAACCGUUUUCGACCUUAAUUAAACAUGACUGAAAUUAAAAUUUGACUUUUUACCGGACGAAUGAAAAUGCUCAUCGACCACACAGCUGUCCACUGAGGGAGAGGAGGUGCUCGGUGAAGCCCGCCAAUGUUCACCUUUUGUCGGCACUUCAAAGCAAGCCGUUGAUAUACAUAUAUAUAUAUAUUUUAUUUCCACGAGUUUCGGUGAGAAUAAAGUAGAAGAAACAUGGCAGAACACGAGAGUCUGGAGUUUGGAAAAGCAGAUUUUGUGCUUUUGGACAACGUGUCUAUUGAGGAAUUCAUGGCUAACCUAAAACUCAGGUUUGAGAAGGGGAGGAUCUACACUUACAUCGGAGAGGUGGUGGUGUCCGUCAAUCCUUACCGUGCCAUGAACAUCUACGGCCGCGACACCGUGGAGCAGUACAAGGGCCGCGAGCUGUACGAGAGGCCGCCCCACCUCUUCGCCAUCGCUGACGCUGCUUACAAAGCCAUGAAGAGGAGAAACAAAGACACUUGCAUUGUCAUCUCAGGGGAAAGUGGAGCAGGAAAGACAGAAGCCAGCAAGUAUAUAAUGCAAUACAUUGCUGCUAUCACCAAUCCUAAUCAGAGGGCUGAAGUUGAAAGGGUGAAAAACAUGCUGCUUAAAUCCAACUGCGUUUUGGAGGCCUUCGGGAACGCCAAGACCAACCGCAACGACAACUCCAGCCGCUUUGGCAAAUACAUGGACAUCAAUUUCGACUUCAAGGGAGAUCCCAUCGGCGGCCACAUCAACAACUACCUGCUGGAAAAGUCAAGGGUUAUUUUCCAGCAGGAAGGAGAGAGGAGCUUUCAUUCAUUUUACCAGCUGCUCAGAGGAGCUCCAGAUUCCUUGUUACGCUCUCUUCACAUCCAGAAGGACCCGACAGCCUACAACUACAUCAAAGUUGGAGGCCAGAUUAAGUCUUGCAUCAAUGAUGGGGCUGAUUUCAAAGCUGUAGCUGAUGCCAUGAAAGUGAUCGGUUUCACAGGGGACGAGAUUCAGACUGUUUACAAGAUCCUGGCUACCAUCCUACAUCUGGGGAACCUGACAUUCGGGGUGGACGGUGAUGUGACCUUGAUAGAUAACACAAAGCUGGUGUCUGUGCUCAGGGAUCUGCUGUCCACCAAGGAGGAGAACGUGGAGAAGGCCCUGCUCUACCGCACUGUGGCCACUGGUCGAGAUGUCAUUGAGAAACAGCAUACAGAACAGGAGGCCAGCUACGGACGGGACGCUCUGGCCAAGGCCAUGUACGAGCGUCUGUUCUGCUGGAUCGUGGGACGAAUCAAUGAUAUAAUUGAGGUGAAAAACUACGAUGCCAGAGUCCACGGGAAGAACACAGUUAUCGGGGUGCUGGACAUCUACGGUUUUGAGAUUUUCCAGAACAACAGCUUUGAACAGUUCUGCAUCAACUACUGUAAUGAAAAGCUGCAACAGCUGUUCAUCCAGCUGGUGCUGAAGCAGGAGCAGGAAGAGUAUCAGAGAGAAGGCAUCCCCUGGAAACAUAUUGAUUACUUCAAUAACCAGAUCAUUGUGGACUUGGUGGAGCAGCAGCACAAGGGCAUCUUCUCUGUUCUGGAUGAGGCUUGUAUGAAUGUGGGCAAAGUCACAGAUGAGGUUUUCCUCCAGGGACUCAAUGGCAAGCUGGCCAAACACGCCCACUACACCAGCCGCAAGCUCUCACCCACUGAUAAGAGUUUGGAGUUCGACAGAGACUUUCGCAUCAGGCACUAUGCAGGAGACGUGGUGUACUCAGUGGUGGGUUUUAUUGAUAAGAACAAAGACACUCUGUUCCAGGAUUUCAAGAGACUGCUCUACAACAGCUCUAACCCAGUACUGAAGGCGAUGUGGCCCGAGGGCAAACUGAGCAUCACGGAGGUCACCAAACGGCCGCUGACAGCUGCGACACUCUUCAAAAACUCCAUGAUCUCACUGGUGGAGAACCUGGCCUGCAAGGAGCCCUAUUAUGUCCGCUGCAUCAAGCCCAAUGAUGUCAAGUCGCCUCUCCUGUUCGAGCUGGAGCGCUGCCGCCAUCAGGUGGAGUACCUCGGGCUGCUGGAGAACGUCAGAGUGCGCCGUGCCGGCUUCGCCUACAGACAGACGUACCCUCGCUUCCUACAGAGGUACAAGAUGAUCUCUGAGUUUACGUGGCCAAACCAUGACUUGCCAUCAGACAAAGAUGCAGUGAAGAGGCUCAUGCAGGGCUGUGGAUUUGACCAUGACGUGGCUUACGGCAAAACCAAGGUCUUCAUUCGCACACCACGUACCCUCUUCAGCCUGGAGGAGCAGAGAGUCGAAAUGGUCCAAAGAAUCGUCCUCUUCCUCCAGAAGGUGUGGAGGGGCACCAUUGCCAGAAUGCGUUACCGACGGAUGCGAGCUGCCCUCGUCAUCCUUCAGGCCUACCGCCGCUACAAGGUCAAGUCCUACAUCCGUGAGGUCAACCGUCGCUUCAAAAAUGUGAGGUCCAUGAAGGACUACGGCAGACACGUGAAGUGGCCGACACCCCCCAAAGUCCUGCGCAAGUUUGAAGAGGCACUCAGGAGCAUCUACAACAGGUGGUGGGCAUGGACCCUGAUCAAAGGCCUUUCUCCAGAGGAGACCCUGCAGGUGAGGGCCAAAGUGGCCUGCCUGGAGGCCCUCAAGGGCCAGAGGGCUGACUUGGGCCUACAAAGAGCCUGGGAAGGAAACUAUCUGAAGCGGGACAGUCCCGACACAGCAGCAUCGUUCACACUCGUCUCCAGCGAGCUGCAGCGGAAAGACAAAUUCAUGAGAGUUCUGUUCUCCUGCAAUGUUCGCAAGAUCAACCGUUUCCACAAGGCAGAGGACAGGGCCGUGCUCAUCACUGACCGCCACCUGUACAAGAUGGACCCCCUGAAGCAGUACAAGCCCAUGAAGAGCAUCCCCCUCUACAACGUGACGGGAGUGAGCGUGUCCCCUGGGAAAGACCAGCUGGUUGUGUUCCACACCAAGGACAACAGGGAUCUGGUGGUGUGCCUGCAGGGUAUGGUCCCUGCCAAUGAGAACCGCAUCGGGGAGUUGGUUGGCACCCUGCUUAGCCACUUCAAGAGUGAGAAGAGAAAGCUGCAGGUGAACAUCGUGAGUCCCAUCCAGUGCAGCAUGAACGGGAGGAAGUGCACGGUCAUCGUCGAGCCCAAGAUCAACCAGUCGCAUCCGGACUUCACCAAGAGCCGAUCUGGUUACAUCCUGGCUGUUCCCGGCAACUAAACCAGGCUGAAAGAAAACAAAAAAGAAAAGAACAGUGACAGCUGAUUUCAAACCAGGCCGGGAUGGUGAUGAUUAUGAUGACGAUGAUGAUGAUUCACUUCUCGUUCUUUUUUUGUUUGUUUUUUGUUUUGUUUUGGGUUUUUUUGCAGAACUGCUGAUAACGUGACAUUGUGGAUAGCAGCUCUGUAGGAGGAUUCAGAUAAUUAAAUCCUCACAUUGCAAAGCCAUGCCAAAUUUGACCUGUUUUGUAGAUUUCUAUGCAAUGCUACAGUGAAAAGGAAAUGCACAAUACACCUACAUGCAAAACGUUAUUAGCUUAACAGGUUUAACAAAAAUAUGCACUACAAGAUGAUUCACCAAAGUGGUGUUUUUUUUUUUUUCUUUUUAAAAUCCAAAUUUCAAAUGAUUUGCUUUGUGCAAUAUUUAGUUUAUUGUGGAUUGAUUAUUGUGAGUUAAGGUGAGAAGAGAUUAUGCGGCAACUGUUCGCAGAACCACUGAUGUUGCAUAAUAGGAAAAAAGAAAAAAUCCAAAGGCUUUGCAGGAAUUUAUAAUCCCUGCAGCUUCCUGUGUGGGAGCCAGAUCAAAAAGUGAAACCCCCCCCAAAAAAAUUAUAUUUAUAUUUUUCAGAUACUUAGUCAGCUUUGAUUAUCUGCUUUGAAACACUAGUUGUGGAUAUAUUCUAAGGAAUAGUAAUGUUAAAUGAACUUUAAUUGAAGACUAGUUCAUUAUGUUUACAAUCACAUACAGGAACAGAACAGCGAGUGAGAACAUGUGAUUCAGUGGUUCAGGCAGCAUCUGAUGCACAAACUCCAAAUCAAAUUCAUCGUUAGUUUGUUAGUCACAGGAUGUGUUGAGCAUAUCCUGAACUUGGCAGCCUGCUUCGUACGAAAUGCUAAAAUCAAAUAAUUUAAAUCCUGCGUCUUAUACUCUCUACUGCAACGUCUCUACUUUUAUAACACUCGUAUACUGCUUAUGUAUUAAAGUUAGAAUAUACUCUAUCUGAGCAACAUACGACCAUUAAUAUGUGUAUGCACAGCACCUAUACUGCGUUUAGUGUACAGAGGGUUAUAAUGAUUACUGAAUAAUACUGUAGAUGAUAACGAAAACAUUACUUUUUUCCAGGAGGUCUUUUUAGUUCAUAUUCUCUUCAAGUGUUAGAUUUAAUGCUUUAGCUUAGCAACAGAGUGUUGCUGGCCAGUACUGUAUAAUCCCAUGUGAACUCCAGCCCCUGAACAUAGUCUCAUUUGCUGUCUUUGUGUUAAGUGAAUAGCCUAAUGCCUUGUAGUGGUCCUUAGUCCUGUGGAAGAGUCUUCCACUUGACAAAUAUCCCCUUCAUCAGAGGGAGUGAGAGAGAGAGAGAGAGAGAGUGUGUGUGUGUGUGUGUGUGUGUGUGUGUGUGUGUGUGUGUGUGGGAAGUGUGUGUACUUUGUAUGUGUGUGUGUGUGUUGAUUAGCUCUUUUCGCUCUCCUCCUCUUGGCUCAGGAGACUGAGAGCCUGGCUAGUGGCCACGGUGAAGGAGUGGAGGCAGAGGGGUGUGAAGUCUGCAAUCAGACUGCUGUCCUACUUUACUUUACCUCCCUGUCUAAUGAUGGGAAUGACUUCUUUUGUAUGAACGCUAGACUGUUAGGAGACGUGUUUCUCAUCUGAUCUUGCUAAUUUCCCUUCACUUCUCUGGAGCCAAAUUGCACUGAUCACAUCAUCAGCACUGAACACUCAGAGUUUGGUUCGUUCUGUUCUCACAAGCUGUUGGUUUUCUCUCUGGUGUUGGCACGUUACGAUAUGUUCUUCGUCCAGCCAUUGUAGAACAGAAGCUCACGAGAUGAAGAUUUAUACUGCGUGUUUGAUAUUAACAGAACAUCCGCAGAUUGAGGACGGAAGGCAAAGAGAGGCUAUCUGUUAUGGAAAUGUGCUUUUGUUGCUAAUUCUUGACCUUGGAAACAGCAAGUUAAGAAAACAGUCACUACAUUUAGUAGCCGUACUGGAGCUGUCGGUCGUGUUACAUGAGCUUCAUCGGAAAAUGGAGUUGUAACAUUUUAAAAACCUGAUCACACCAAAGAUAACACAGCGGAAUUCAUCCACACUUUUUUAUGAAUGAAUGAUUGUGUUUCUAGAGGCUUGGUGACAGGGAUGUAGGGCUCAGUGAGCUAACCGCUAACAUGUUUGCCUGCUGGGAACAUGAGGUUUAAAAUGUAAGAUUUGGCACUAAUUAGCUGCGAUGGUUGUCCGGGGAAUUUUGUUCUCGGUGUUGUUCACCAUUUUAAUCGGUGAAUGAAGGGGGGGAAAGCUCUCUGAGCUAGCAAGCUUGCUAACUGUAAGUGAGAAAACAAGCUGUCAGUUAAUGAGCUCAUUAGCUCAGUGGCUAACAGGAUAAUAUGCUCACAAAGUUUAUUGCAAAGGCCAACUUAUACUAUGGAUGUCUUUUUCACAACUAUCAGCAAACCAGUGCUCUUUUGUGCAGUUAGUCCAACAGAGGAGGUUAAGGCAGGGAUUAACUUUGAAUCUCAGCUUUGAAGCCAACAUGGACAAGAAGCACUUGCUGCUCAGAAAAAAAAUAACAAUCAUUUUACCAUCUACAGUUUCAUGACGAUUCUUAUCUACUAAUGAAGAUCAUGGCAUAUGGUCGAAAGCUCAAGAAUGGCAAAUUAAUUUUUACCCCUGUAUAAGAAUUAUAUUAUUAUUAUUAUUAUUAUAUUAUAUUAUAUUAUAUUAUAGAACUUCCUCAUUGCUGAAUAUGGAAGGAACUGACACAUGGAUGGAUGGGAUGAUUUUGUUAGCUUGAUAUUGAGGUCGUCAUGGUGACGUGAGAGUAACUGUUACCAGUUCAUAGGAUGAGAGAACCAACACUGCUUCGUCUCUCUACCCACAGACACAUAUCUUUGUUGUCUCUGUGUGAAGACUGAGUAAAGAGCACUGACUGUGGGCAGAGGAUCGACUGCCCAAGGUUAUGAAUCCACGCUCCCUCGGUGUCUGGCCUAGUUGAGGAGACUGGGGGGCGCUCUUGUCGACUUCACUUCCACAGGAAGGAAAACUUGUUAGCGGUCACCAUAGACACAGUAGCACAGUGGCCCUCUAAUUGUUGUCUGAACAAGUCGUUUAUCUUAAUUAGUUUGCGAGCACCCCUGUCCUUUGAAGAGGCAAAUCUCCAUUCUACCUCGCGGCUCUGUGGCGGAUGACCUCGUCCUGGUGUGUGAUAAGCAGCAGGAAGGAGUUGUUUGGGGAAAUUGGUGCAUUCAUAGUGCGGAUUAAGGAAGUGACAUCGGGAGCGUUAAUAGACAGUUUUGAAUGCAGCUUAGGUGCAGUGACUGCCUGUGAUGAGUGUGUAUGUGUGUGCGUGUGCGUGUGUGUGUGUGUGGACUAUAACACCACAGCUCUCCAUAUCCCUCAGCAUGGUAAUCUCCCACAGGGCUCUUCCUCUCCCCUCUGCUCGGCUAUUCACCGAUUAUCAUUAGGAUGGACUCCGUGUCACUUCUCACUUCAGCGCUUCUCUCUUCGCUUUCUCAAGGCGAAGGGGGGUUGGUGAACAAAGCCUCACUUGGCCUCCUCUCCUUCUCUACUCCCUCUGCUUUCUUUUUCCUCCCUCCCUCACUCCCUCCCUCCCUCCUUUUCCACUUCCCUUCCCCUGUCAAAUCACUUGGCUCCUCGCCCAGCUGGGCUGACUGUACCGUCCUGCAGGGCAGUGAAGGUUUUCCUGUUUUUGUUUUUUUGUUUUUUUUGUUUUUUGUUUUCCUUCAGCCGUCCUGUGCCCAGGAGGCAUGGAAAUGGAAAGAGAAAGUACACCAGCAACAAGGCAAGUCAAACAAAAGGAGUAUCACACAGCAGAGAAAAAAUAAGACAAAGCUCAGUAUGUUAACCAGGAGUAGAUCUAUAUCCUAAUAAAAUAUAAGGAUGGUGUCAUACCUUUUGUUGAUUUAAACAGAUUCCCAUGAACAGACCAAAAUGCUCUACAUCUACAAAUGCUACAAAUGCCCUAGUUGACAUCUUGACCUGUGUGUGGCUCCACUGGUUCCUGCUGAAGACAGAAAUCAGUGGGAACAGGUCAGGAGUAUAGACUUGUAUUUUUUAAUAAGUGAGGGCAGUUUUCUAAAAUAGCUGGGCACUGUACUUUUUAGUAAACGCUGCUCAAACAGGAGGAAAUAGUGCAUUUGUUUGGGACUAUUUUCAGCAGCGUAUUGAUACACAUUUGGUGCAACAGGACAGAUUGGUUUUUAAAAUAAACUACAACUAAUCUGUAUCAGGCUUUGGAUACGCGUUACUAGGAUGAAUGUAUUUUUGGUUUUGUUGACAGUAAGAGAAAUGUAGAGCAUCAUCAGAUUUGUGCUUUAAUGUUCUCAGCAGUGAUCACUUUAUCAUGUAAUUGAUUAUCAGCUUUUCCGCAGAUGUAAAAACCACAGGCUUGAUCUAAUUACCCCCUUUAUAAACAGGCAUGAAGGAAUUAGAAAUAUGAAUAUUACCAGUAGGUGACUUGUGCCAUUGUGUUCUUCCCUUCACUGUUCUCUGUGUUGAGUGUUUAACAUGUACAUUCCUCCAGUUUUCACUGUUUCACUGUUUUUCAUGUAUUUGACACGAGACCCGUCCAUGUUAGCCAAAGGGUAACAAAUUCCAUUUUCUAUAAUUUAUUCUGUGGCUUUAAGCGAAAUCUGUAUGUAUGCACCGUUCAUUCAGUAUGUGCCUAAUUUUAUAUUAAGUUUAUAUUUUGCAUAUUUGUUUAAUAAUUCACUAUUACAUACCAUAGAUAUACUAUAAUAUCCAGACCAAGUCUAAAGGGAACUGUUGUAGCAAAUGUAUUCUGUAUAAAUGCAGAUGAUGCAUUAUGAUGUUCCAUAAUGAAAAACUAUUUCAUUAAUCACCUUAUUAAUAAAUUUAUUUGCUUCAA